AUGGGACGCAUGAACUGGACAAGAGCCAAAAUUUCUUUCACUAAUAAUAAUUUCUUUUUCUUUUUAAAAAAAGUUGCUGAAGAAUUUUCUUCAUUAAAAGUUUCUGAUACGCAAACACCAAAACAGCAAGUUGUAGAUGAAGGAGAGCCUGGAGGUUUUGGUUAUAGUAGACGUCGUCGCUUUGCUUUUGAAUUAAAAACAAAUUUGGAACAACAACAGAAAAUAAAAGAAGGCAAUCCUUUCCAAAAAUUUCAAUUUUCUUCUAAUAAAAAUGUUGGGAAAGAAAAUUUGCAGAAAAUAAGAGGAAAUAAAAAUAAGUGGGAAAAUAGUGGAGAUGAUUAUGUUAUUGACGAAGCUUUAAAUGCUGCAUUAUCGGAUGAGGAGAGAAACGAAGAAGAGGGAGGAGAUAAGUAUAAUGAUGAAGAUGUAUUUGAAUAUGAUGAAGAGGGGGUAGAAGAAGUAGAAGAGGAGGAGGUGGAAGAAGAGUAUGCUGAUUAUUCGAGUAAUGUGUCGGGGUGAGGAUUUUUGUUUGAAUAAAUGUAAUGAAGUAAGGGGAUCCAGCUAGCGAGCAUUCAAGUAGGCUGGAAAGAAUUCGGGAGCUUAGGAUCGAUUCAAAAAGUAGGAAGC